CAUUGUGGUGGACUCCAUGUGGCCCUAGGGGAGAAAUACAUCAUUAUUAUGGCUGCAAUAUCCUUCUACUUCUUCUCCUAACAGAGCUUUGCCACUGAAUCAUGGAGUCAGCAACUGAGAAGAAAAGAAGGGCCCAUGUCAUCACUAUAGAUCCAGAUGAAACUGUCAUGACUGCCUUUCCCUACAGACCUCAUAACUCUUUACUGGAUUUCCUGAAGGGCGAGCCAAAAGUUUUGGGGGCUAUCCAGAUUCUUCUUUCUCUGAUCAUUGUGGGCCUUGGGAUUAUAUUAGCAUUUAAUUUCAUCUUUUUCUCCAAAAAAUUUCCUCUCGUGAUGGUCACAGGAUAUCCAUUCUGGGGAGCAUUUAUUUUUUUUCUGACAGGAUUCGUCACAGUGUUCAAUGAUAAAUCCAGAAAAAUUCUAAGACAAGGAGUCACAAGCAUGAACAUCAUCAGCUCGAUGGUUGCAGCAGCUGGGACUGUCCUGAUCCUCAUCAGUUUUACACAGCAGCACAAAUUCUGCCAGGCACCCUCCCUCGAAGGAACCUGUGUUGUAGGCACAACACUUCUCCUCGGAAUUUUGUCAGUCUUAUUAAUCAUCACCAUAGCAGAGUUUAGCAUCUCUGUGACUAUUGCAUCCUUAAGAAGAAGGUGCUGGACCAAUUCAAGAGAGGCUGUAUUCUUCUUUCCUUCAGAAGUUCCUCAAAAUACUGAACAGUCUGUGUCAGAAGAAAAUAAUCAAUUGCAAUUUGAGUUUCAAAAAACAUCUCCCAGUGAUAAUUCAGCUUCAAGCAUAAAAGCCAUUUUCUUGGGGGGUUAUGCUUUCUUCAAGCUAAGAGUCUCAAAAAAUCCUUCAGCUCCCAAAAAUAUCCCACAGAAAAGUGAUAAGGGUACAUCUUCUAUGCAUGUUCCAGUUGAACAGGAGACUACUCCACCCUCCCUAGAGGAAGAAAUUAAACUGAAUGAUUUACCUCCCCCAUUAACAUCACAGUCUUCAGAAAAUAUUCCUUCUCAGAAAAAGUCUAGAAGCAAUAACCUGAAUGAUGAGGACUUAGAAUCUUUUACACGUCAAACCUCUGAUCUGCAACCCAAAUUGCCUGAUGUCCAAAACACGUCCCUCAAAAUUCUUAAAACUCCAUCUUCACAUAAUUUCCUCCCUUUGUUACAUGAUAGUUCAUCAUCCCAAACAUUAAUGGCAGGUCUGUCAACACAAGUCUUACAAUCUAAACCCCCAUCAUCCGGCAUGUUACAGUCUUAUGAUCUGACAUCUGAAGACUUGCCUCCUGAAGACAUACCAUCCCAAGGCACCCCAUCCCAAGCCAUGCAAUUCCAAGAUACACUAACUCAAGACAUACCAUUCCAAGAGGCUCCAUACCAAGAUACACUAACUCAGGACAUACCAUCCCUACAGACUCCACACCAAGAUACAGUAACUCAAGACAUAACAUCCCAAGAGACUCCAUCCCUAGGGACUCCAUACCAAGAAGUGUCAUUCCAAGAUAUACUAAUUAAAGACAGAUCAUCCCAAGAUACUCCCUCCCCAAAGACUUCAUCCCAAGAAACUCCAUACCAAGAUACACUAACUCUAGAUAUACCAUCUCAAGAAACCCCAUACCAAGAUACUCCACCCCAAGAAACCCCAUCCCAAGAAACUCCAUCCCAAAAAACUCCAUCCCAAGAAACUCCAUACCAAGAUACUUCAUCCCAAAAGACUCCAUCCCAAGAAACUCCAUACCAAGAUACUUCAUCCCAAAAGACUCCAUCCCAAGAAACUCCAUACCAAGAUACUCCAUCCCAAAAGACUCCAUCCCAAGAAACUCCAUACCAAGAUACUCCAUCCCAAAAGACUCCAUCCCAAGAAACUCCAUACCAAGAUACUCCAUCCCAAAAGACUCCAUCCCAAGAAACUCCAUACCAAGAUACUCCAUCCCAAAAGACUCCAUCCCAAGAAACUCCAUACCAAGAUACUCCAUCCCAAAAGACUCCAUCCCAAGAAACUCCAUACCAAGAUACUCCAUCCCAAAAGACUCCAUCCCAAGAAACUCCAUACCAAGAUACUCCAUCCCAAAAGACUCCAUCCCAAGAAACUCCAUACCAAGAUACUCCAUCCCAAAAGACUCCAUCCCAAGAAACUCCAUACCAAGAUACUCCAUCCCAAAAGACUCCAUCCCAAGAAACUCCAUACCAAGAUACUCCAUCCCAAAAGACUCCAUCCCAAGAAACUCCAUACCAAGAUACACUAACCCUAGAUAUACCAUCCCAAGAGACUCAAUCUGCAGAGAUUCCACCACAAGAGAUUCCCUUCCAAAAUACUCCAUCCCAAGAAAUGCAAUACCAAGAUGUACUAUCUCAAGACAAAAUAUCCCGAAGCACACAGACGCAAGAUACAGCACCCAAUGAUAUGUCGUCCUCAGAUCUUCAAGCACUAAACAGUCAAGUUCAAAUCCAGCAUCGUCCAGAGAUAUUUUAUACAGACAUUCGAACAGAAGUCAUGGAGCUAACUCAAGAGUGGGAAUCUAAUAUGAGCAAGAAAACCCCAAGAAGAUUUUCCUUAUCCUUGCCAGACAAACAAGGAAAACUCCGUGCCAAGAGACAUUCCCUGGAUCUGCAAAUCAAAGGUAACAAAACCUCAAAGAGACAUUCUGUAGAAUUACAAAGGAAAACAUCAAGACGGAAAUCUAUAGAUCAGCAAAUCAAAGCCUGGCUAUCUCCAAAGAAGCACACCACAGAGAUACAAGAUGCAUACACUCAAACCUCAGAGCACUUCCUGUACCAGGGAGCUGAUCAGCAGCAGGCCAAAGAGGAGGAGGUCCCAGCACAACAAUCCCAAGAGGAGCAAACCAAAGACCAAACAUCUGUAGAGGAGCUACACCCUGAAGAACCUGAAGAACAGGUUAAUGGAAAAGAGGAAGGAGAUCAGGAAUCUGAUAAGGAGCAACCUCCAGAAGAACAAGCUCAAAUUCAACCAGCUGAAGACCAGCAGCCCCAAGAGCAGAAAGUCCCAAUGAGCCAGUUCCCAAAUUGGCAAGAAAGACAACAAAUGGUAGUAAAGAAAGCCCCAGCACAGUUGUGUGAGGAAUGGGACUCUGAAAGUUUUCAGUCCACAGAAAGGUCAUGUUCAUACUGGUCAGCUCCAUCCUGGCAGCCUAUUAGCCUGGGAUCCCAAGACUGGAGAAGUCAAGGCUGGAGAAACAAAGACUGGAAAGCACAGGAAUGGCAGUUUCAAAUACAGCCUUCCCUAGACUGGGAAUCCCAAGAGUUAUUAGAGAGAGAAUCCUUAAGACAAAGGGCACUGUACCAAGACAUCCAACCACGAAGCACCAUAGUCCAACAUACCCAACAUCACCAAUUGCACAACUUUGUAUUUCAAGUAGGCCCGUGUCAAGGCAAUGACCAACAAGACUCUGAAUCUGGUGUUUUAAGAAGAAAUACGUAUGCAGACGAUGUACAAACAAGAAACAGAGACACAGAAGACACAUGCCAGAAACUAAAAGACCAGCAGGAAGAAGAUGCAAGGCCAGAUAAUUAUCCUGCUUCUUGUCAGAGCUUGGUUCCAUACACAUAUGUAACCUGUUUAUCCAAUAUAGCUUCAGAGCAAGAGGUGCAGAACAAUAUACCCUGCUCAAAUUCAUCCAAAGAUCUGAAUGCCACUUCUUCCUCAUGGUUUCAGAGAGAUCAACAGCAAUCUGAAGAUUCAGACUAACAUGCACGUCUGCCCAAAGCCACAGACCCCAGAUAGUGGAGCCAGGUGAGGAUUAAGCACUUGAUUCUUCCCUCCUGUGUUCUCACCUGUGCUUGCUGGAUAAUUCACUCACCAGAGAUAAAGGGAAUACAGAAUCUUCAAAGAAGGCAUUCCUCUUUAAAACAAAAUGACAACAAGCCAAAUGUUAAGACUAUAUCAAAACCUUCUGGGAGUGAAGAAAUAAAUCUUAUCUAAACUGUAAA